AUGUUGUAUGUUUUGGUGGGUUGCUUCUGCAACGCCUGCACCCGUGGCUUUGACGUACCUGCUGAGUCUUACAGUGAUUACAUUACAGUGUGGAUCGUGCAGAUUGAUGAUGUUGCCUCCCGUGAUAACUCGGUCGAGCUGAUAUUACAUCUAUCUGUUGUUGAUUGCAGAAUUGGUUUCUUAAUGGAGAUGUCAUUCAUCAGAGAAUUACCUUAUAUGAAGGAGCAGGAAAUAAUGGAGGACACUAGUUUUCUCCAUCAGUGGCACUUGAGUUCUAUUGGUGACCCGAACUUACUGCCAAUAGCUGCUGUUUUUGGAGACACUUUACAACAUCAUACAUUUACUUAUCCAGACCUCAAUCCCCAAGCUUCUAGGGAAACUACACUUACUAACAUUGAAAGGCCAACAAAACAUCAUAAAAACAACAUUAGCUGGAACCCCAACAGAAGUGCUGCUCAGAUAUCAUCAGAGACACAAUUUGUUUCUUUCCCAAAUCUUCUUCCGUUUAUGGAUUCCAAUCACAUAAGUCCAUCGGGAUUAGUGAAGACCGAGGAUGAAAUGGCUUGUCCUAUAACUAAUAACACAACUUCUCCAGACACGAUCUCUCAAGGAAUAUUGGGGAAUCAUAACUAUCUCUUCAAGGCCAGCCAGACCAAAAAGAUUGGAACACGCACUAAAAUUUCUCAACCUCAAGACCACAUCAUAGCUGAAAGGAAGCGACGAGAGAAGCUCAGCCAGCGGUUCAUUGCUUUAUCUGCCCUUGUUCCUGGAUUGCAGAAGACGGACAAAGCUUCUAUUCUUGGAGAUGCUAUCAACUACUUGAAGCAAUUGCAAGAGAAAGUAAGGGCUCUUGAGGAGGAACAAAACAUGAGGAAAAAUGUGGAGUCUGUGGUAAUUGUGAAGAAAUCUCAACUAUCCAACGAUGUUAACAACUCUUCUUCAGAAUAUGAUGCUACAUUAUUUGACGAAACAAUUCCUGAAAUUGAAGCAAGAUUCUGUGAGAGAAAUGUCCUCAUAAGAGUUCACUGUGAGAAGACCAAAGGAAUUGUGGAAAAAACAAUCCAUGAAAUUGAGAAUCUCCAUCUGAAAGUCACCAAUAGCCAUGCCAUGACAUUUGGGAGAUGUGCCCUUGAUAUGACAAUUAUUGCUCAGAUGGAUAUGGAAUUUUGCAUGGGAGUGAAGGAUGUUGUGAGAAACCUACGCUCAGCUUUUACAUCUUUCAUUACUCAGUCAGAUAUCAUGUCCAUCGAGAUUCCUGCCAACAAAAACCUUUUUCAGAAAUUUCAUCAACAAGCUGGCAACGCUUUUAAUAAAGGCAAAGGGGUCACCAUUGUUGUUCCUCCGGCUGAACUGCGCUCUCCUUCUGAUGCGCGCAAAAAACACAAGAGGAAGGAGAAAGAAAAUCAUCGCAACAACUCAAGUCCUAACUCCGCCCUCUACUCCUCCAACCGAUUUUUUGGCAUUGACCAUCACAUCAGUUCCAAGGAGGAGCUAGCACGAGCCACAGAGGAAAAUAAGGUUGCGACCGCUAAGAUGAUCGAAUUGUCAUCUCUUUAUGAGGCAGAGGUUGCCGUGAAGAUCUCGACAGAGAAAGAUCUUGCUGAAAUAAAGGACUACAUAGUCCAAGAACAUAUCAAGGACUUUAAUAAGACCAUUCGCUAG